AUGCCGGGGGUGCAUACGUUCUACGAUGGGUCAACGGUGUUUGAGCCACUUUCGAGGGCCGUCGGCGUCGAGACGGACAAGAUAAACCUGGUGAUGUGCCUAUUCGCCGCCGUGCCAAUCAGCUACAUCUACAACUCGCAGAUGCAGCUCGGAAAAGUAUCCCAACAACUUCGCGUCGUCUUCCCGUCCGUCAUCGGCCUAUCAUUUUGUUUCCUGUGUUUUGGAUGGGCUAUAAAGCACGUCGUCGCCAAUAUCCUAAUUAAUUACGCAAUAAUGAGGCUGGCACCUAGUCAAUAUGUGCACAAAUUGGUAUUUCUCUUCGCCACUGCCUACUUGACGUUUAUCCAUUUUUACCGAUGGAGGAUUUUGAAAGAAUAUUACAUUGAUGUGACGGGCCCGAUGAUGAUUAUGGUGCAAAAGGUGAUGAUGUUGGCCUUUUCGCUGCACGACGGAAAUUGUAAAAAGGAAGAAGACCUUCUUCCGCAUCAAAAACGAGAAGCGCUGAAAGAAGUCCCACCUCUUCUUAUGUACAUUUCCUACUGCUUCCAUUUCCAAGCUGUUCUCACCGGACCAAUGUGCCUCUACGUUGAUUACAAGGCUUUCGUCGAGGGCACGCAUAUUUCGGCUGACAAGCAUGGCAAGAUCCCUUCCUCGAUUGGAAUUGGAAUGAAGAAGCUAUUUCUGGCCGCUGUUCUGCUAGCGGCAAUCACAUUAUUUUCGGCAGAGCUGUACCCGGAACGACUUAUGGAAGAUCGUGAUCUUGCAAAACCGCUGUACCAAUGGCUGGCAAUAUGGUGGAUCUGCAUUUUCAUGAGCCGUGUGCAAUAUUAUUUCGCGUGGACGAUGGCGGACGCUAUUUGCAAUCUUUCCGGCUUCGGCUUCAGUGGAUAUGGUGAGAAUGGCAAGGCGACAUGGAAUAUGAUGAGCAGUGUUGAUAUCCAAAAAGUGGAGAUGGCGCAAAGCUUGAAAGACACCCUGGACAACUGGAACAUCCCGACCGUUGCUUGGCUCAGGCGAUCAGCAUUCGACCGAGCACCUAGGAAAUACCGAACUCUUGCGACAUAUGCUCUAUCUGCCUGGUGGCACGGACUAUUCCCUGGUUAUUACGUGGCCUUCGGAACGACGGCCCUCUUCACUUUUGCUUCACGAACCUUCCGCCGUUGUCUACGAUACCGUUUCCUUCAAAGUCCAUCCAAGAAGAUGAUUUACGAUUUGAUCACAUUCCUCGCCACGAAGGUCGCCCUCGCCUAUGCUACUUAUUCAUUCGUCACUAUGCAUUUCUAUCCCUCGUUCUUCAUUUACUCCCGCGUAUACUUCAUUCCGCAUAUCAUUGCUGUUCUGCUGAUCUUCCUCACGCCCCUCGCCUUCCGUCCUGAGAAAAAGAAAGUCGAGCCAGCUGUCACCAAACCAGACGAGAAGAAAGAACUC